GGCUUACAUUUGGAGUGAAUUGGAUUUUAAGGUCUUAAGUGUCAAUCUGUUUUGACACUGAUGGAUGGAAGUGUCCUCUAUCUUAUUAACAGUGAAUUCUGUAGGCAGAAGAGAAAAUCCCCAACAACUGCAUAAGACCUGCACCAUGAGCCGUGACCAGAGCUAUCCAUUCCCAGAGGUUUUCCUUGUGGACGGGGGUGGAGGUCCACAGAGCAACGUCCAGACUCCACGUCUGGUACCCUGCUGGUCCUUUCCCCCUGCCCAGGAGAGGGCGAGGGGCAGCAAGAGGGACCGGGGCUGCAUGGGGGUCAGUCCUGGUCUGCUGAUGGUCCUGCUGUUGCUGCUGCUGCUUGUGUUUGCAGCCCUGGGGCUUGGAGCCUACCAGAUCCAAAAACUAAAGACCCAACUGGCCAAGAUGGAAAAGACAGAGACUGAGUUUCAUACACCUGAGAAACAAAUUGGUUUCUAUGAACCUGUGUCAAAUGAAGAAAAUACAGACAAUAGGCCUGCAGCACAUGUCAUAGGGCGGUUACACAGUGAUGAAUCCCGUAAAACCUUGAAGUGGGAGCCACAUGCGGGCCGAGCGUUCACUUCAGGGGGAGUAGUUUACCGGGUUGAAGAUGGUGCAUUGCAAGUCAACGAAACUGGACUCUACCACAUUUACUCACGAGUGGAGUGGCUCUUCAACCAGUGUCCCCUUCCUGAGUUUAUUGUCCACUCUAUGUUUGUGAGGAGAGCAAGGCAUCCCUUACCUUUGCCCCUGAUGGAGGGCCGCGGAACUGGCCACUGUAAGGAGGGCCGUGGCUGGACAUCAGAGAGUUAUCUUGGCUCUGCCCUGCAGCUGCAGAAACAGGACAGGGUGUUUGUGAAUGUGUCGUACCCCACAUAUCUUAGUCAUAAACAUCAUGCCAUCUUCUUUGGUCUGUAUAAGAUCUAAAUCAUCAGGGUGAUAAGAUUCACUUACUGCUUGUUUCACACUGAAAUUAGUGAUAAAAGAGUUUUAGAUACUCAGAUUAUAUCAGACAGGAUCCAAUCUUUGUCAUCACUGUAUCCAAUUGAUUCAUAUGAGACAUGGCAAAUGACUGCAGAGGCAAGGGAAAUAUGGCAGCUUACGUAAAACCAAAUGAAAAGCAUUUUACACCUUAUGUUUAUUAUCAACUGUAGACUGAGCAGCAGCAUGAGUGAAAGCUUUUAUGAAUCUGACUUGUAUGCAGAAAGAAAAUAUUAUUCCAUUAUUAAUACAGUGAGAGAUUACAGUUAACACUAAAGUGCUGAUUGGUUGGAAAUUGUUUUUAAAAAAUAUUUAUUCAGGUGUGGAUUUGACACUGCCAGUGGCAGUUCUGAAUGUAGCUUAUAGUUAUGAAACACAGUGACUUGUUUGUAAUAUAUUGGAUGUUUUGGGUUAAAUAAAGUGGCUAUUUUCUUUAGAA